AUGGCACUAUUACACAAACUCAACAUUCCAACAAUCAGUGUUUGUACAGAGGUCCACCUUGAGGCAAUUGACAAAGUUAAAUGUCGGAGAUUUGGGGCAGAGGAUUUUCUUUACAUGUAUAAGGUCUUCACAAAACGAACAGAACCUCGUGAUCUAUUCAAACAAUACAGUUCUGAUGGCAGAAGCAUGACAACUUCUGAUCUCCUAUACUUUCUCAAGACUGACCAGCAUGAGAGCAAUGCAGACCAACAAACUGCAUUAACGAUAAUUAACAGCUAUGAACCAGUGAUGAGAUCCAAGAAGAAAAGAAGGUUGAUGACAUCCAGUGGUUUCUUCAGAUACCUAACCUCCAAGGAUUGCUCCAUAUCCAAUCAAGAUCAUACCAAAGUCUACCAAUGUAUGGAUUUUCCCAUGAUAAAUUAUUUCAUAGCAUCUUCACAGGACACCUGCUUCACAAGCAACCAGUUAAUUGAACAAAGUGACAUUAAUGGAUAUAUAAGUGCUUUGAGAAAAGGCUGCCGCUGUUUGGAACUGGAUUGCUGGGAUGGACCUGAAAAUGAGCCUAGGCUAUAUCAUGGUUUUGCCUUGACUUCUACCAUUCUGGUCAAGGAGGUUAUUGAAGUUAUUAACAUGCAUGCGUUUGAGGUAUCCGAGUACCCUUUGAUACUUUCCCUGGAAAUUAAUUGCAACCCAGUUCAACAGCGUGUAAUAGCUAACUAUCUGGUCAAUAUCCUGGAAGAUAAAUUAAUCACCAUGAACCAUGUUGAUGGUGACCCAACUCGAUUGGCUUCUCCUGAGGAGUUAAAACACAAGAUAUUGAUCAGGUGUAAGAAUGUUCGAAAGUUCAGUUACUCAGUCCCAGGAAUGUGGCAACUUGUGGAUGGGGAAGUUGGAGAGAACAGUGAAGAAUUUGACCCUGAGGCAGAAUCUGAAGUGAGGAGUGUGGUACCAGCUGGGAUACGGGCAUUCAGGAUGAAGAAGAAAAGUAUGGUUAAGCUCGCCAUGGAGUUCUCAAAUGUUAUCGUGUUCUCAAAGGCAGUAGAUUUCAAAGACUUCAAACAUUCACUGUACCAUCAGCUGUUUUAUGAAAGCAAUACAUUUUCUGAACAUGGAGCAAUGAAGUUAGUAAAACAAUCAGCUUCUGAAUUUGUAGUACACAAUUCAAAAUUCCUUACAAGAACCUACUCUGCAGGUGCCAGAAGAAAUUUUUCCAACUACAAACCUCAUGAAUUCUGGAAUGUUGGCUGUCAAAUGGUUGCUUUAAAUUAUGAGGUUCCUGGAUUGGGCAUGGAUCUCAACAGAGGCAAGUUUCAGGAUAAUGGAGGAUGCGGCUAUGUUCUUAAACCCAAAUUCAUGAAUAAUGACACCAAAUUUGACACACUGGCUUCUAAUCAGAGUGUUGAUCCAAUGAUCAUUGUAAUACAGAUCAUUAGUGGUCAGCACCUACCAAUCCGCAGAACACCGAGUAAAAUAACAGUUAAUGCCUGUGUACGUGUAGAAAUUUAUGGUGUGCCCUCAGACAGUGCAGCACAACAAACCAAGGUCUUACCUUGUACAGGGUGCUACCCCAAUUGGAAUGAUUGUUUGCUGUUUUGUGUUCAAGUUCCAGAACUGGCCUUAGUACGAUUCACAGUAAAAGACAUUAAUCCUCUCAGUGAGAAUGAUUUGCUUGGUCAGUACACAUUGCCAUUUACAAGCAUGAAGAAAGGUAAAGAUGUCGCAGUGUUUCCUGGCAAAUUGUGUUCUGGCAGCCGCAAUCUGUUUUUACUAACAAUUCUAACAACAUUUUGA